CACAUUAGAACUGCAGAACUGUCAGUUUCUCUCAGUGAGGAAAUCUAACACAGGGCUUGUCUUAAAAUUAAUGUUUAAACAGGAGACAUUUUCAUAAUGAAACUGCUUUAAAUAAAUUGUUUUCUUUAUAAAGAAGAUAUGAAACAAAAUGAGGAAGACUUGUGCCUCUCUGAGGGUCAGAGGCUGAGUCUAUAGUUUGAAGGAGGAUUAUGUGGUGCUCAUCUGUGUGUCCCUCCACUGCAAUGAUUGGCAUGCUACUUCUCUGGGCUUUCACAGAUGCCUCAGUUGCACUCUCUGUAAUUUCAUUGCAGAACCGAGUCCGGGUCUUCUCUGGUCAGACGGCUGUCCUGCCCGUCUCCCUCCAGUUCCAGAACCCAGCAUGGGAAUUUUACCAUGUCAAGUGGGAUUUCAUCACGGGCAAUCGUCCUGUCUUGGUCUACAUGGUGGACAGCUGUACUGGGGCCCCUGGGUCACGGGAGCGCACCUGCCAGCACAGCCUGGAGCAGGCGGGAUUUUAUCAGCAGCGGGUGAACAUCUCCUUUGAGAAUGCUUCGCUUGUGCUCAAGGCCGUGCAGCCAGAGGAUGCGGGGACGUACCGGAUAACGGUACGAAGCUUGGAUGUAUCGGGUACUGCACUAGUGAACCUGAUUGUGGAAGGAGAAUUUGCCUGGAAGAGCCUCAGCACCAUUAACAGUCUCCGUAUGGUCUUUGCCUGCCUGGUUCUCUGCAUUUUGGCACUGACAGUGGGAGAGUAUAUUCAUGCAUCAGGCAGCAACUUCAUUCAGCAUGAGGAGACACUGGGUCCACCCGAGAUGCCAGAUGGAGGUGCACCCCUGGUUGGGACCACACAACACAUAAUUGUUGUUCCAUCUACUUCAGCCUCCUUCCAUGGACAAUAACCAGCACCAAAUGCUUCAGAAAGAGGAGAAAAAUGCCUGUAGUGCACUGUGUAUGAUUAUUUCUUUACUUCUUGCUUGCAGGCAAUCUAACAUUUAAAGUCCUGAAGCUGGAGUUAUCCAUAUAUCAUGAAAUGAGGUGGGCAUAUAAAUGUUAUUUCCCCUUGUUUUAUUCAGCCCUUUAAAAAACCUUCCCACAGUAUUUGAUUCUUUAACCUCCUAAUGCUACAAGUUCUACAGAUCAACCCUCACGUGUGGGAGUUAUAUCCUUUUUACAUUUAAUUUUAGGAUUAAUAUAAUCUCCUCUUCUUCUGUGUUCUACUAGUAAUUAAAAAAAAAACCUUCCCAUCAUGGUCAAGUCAGGAAAGAUUUGAGCAGGUGAGGGGGGGAAGAAAACUUCUUUUAAAAAAAUCACAGCAAUUGUUAAUCCCCUGGUCAAGCUUUCACAUUUUAUAAUGAAGUGAACCAGCAGUGUCAUUUGAGGGCUCUCUCUUGAAAGGGAAUAGAAUGGGAACAGACACCCAAAUCAAAUCAAUCUCCUGGCCCAAGAGGGAAACAGUUGUGAAGAUAGCCACAAUGGCCAGAAUCAGGGUAAAUGUAUUGGACAAUGAGAUGCUGGAGUAAAGUCCCUUUUCUUAUAUCAGAGAUUUAAUGUAAGCUGUGAUGGGAGACCCUGGCUAGUCAGCCCUCACAUCCUUGUUUCCAUCCAGUAAAAGGUCCAGCGGGUCUAUAUGUUCUUGUCCUGCAGAUGGAAAAACCUAAAAACUGACUGUGAGAACAUGCUCCUAAAGGGUAAACACUAAAGAUACCAAGGCCCCCUGGGCCAAAAGAGGCCUGCAGAGUGGGGCUCAAGACAUUUCUCUGGUUUGUUGAUUGGUAUUCCUCUGUUAGGUGGGCACCCAAGUGUCCUGUUUGCCUUGUUCCAUUAUCUUCAUAAUGGCUCCUUGGAUGCCCUAUUGUUGCAGUGCCGUCUCAUGCAGGGUUUCUCAAUCUGAGGAUUGGGACCCAAAAUUGGGGUCCUGGAAUGUUUCCAAGGGUCAGGUGGCAGCUCCUGUCCCCCGGGGCUGGCUGGGCUGGCCUUCCUGCUCCAGGCAUUGCAACCUCUGGAGUACCCGCCCCACUCAGGUUAGACCCAGCUGUCAUAACGAUGGGAUCCUGGGUUGGCCAAAUAUAAGUGAGUGGCACUGCAGGCCCAUGAGCCAGAUCACAACUCCACUCACACAAAUUUGGUCCAGUCAGGGUGGCAGGGCAACCCCGGAAGUUGCGAUACCCAGAGUGGAGAGCCAAGACCAGGUAGCCACACAGCACAGGAGCUGUAGGAGCUGCCACGGUGGAGUGAGUGCGGGGCAGGACCCAAUUCCCCUGGGGGGGAAAGAUCUGACAGAAACCACCCCAGAGCCUCCAGCUCCACCCCAGGCUAUUUACUGGGUUGUGAUAGGCCAUAAACAUUUAUAAAUGGGUCCUGAGCCCGAAAGAGCUAAAAAGCACUGUCUAGUGGUUAUGUAGGUAUUUCUCAGUGCAUGUGAGUUUUGUUGUCUUCCACCAGAUAUAUUACCAUUUCAUCACUCUCAGCUGGCAAUGGGAUAUUGUUUCUUUCUCUCAAAGGCAUAGAGGGAGCAAAGUGAUUAAAGAAAAAGACAG